GGGGCGGGGUGGCCCGCAGGCGCUUUGGCAGAGGAACUGCGGAGAAGGCAGGGGGCCGUUGCGUCAUCAGUCUGCGCCACCCGACGCCCGAGACCCGGGGUGGGAGUGGGAAGUAAGGGGUGGGGCGUCCGUCGCCUUCUGAUGAAUUACUGCCUAAGGCCCGAGGGGAAUCGGUUCCCUGGAGGCUGGUACCUGGACCCCGAGCUCCUGGGACUGACUGGCAGGAGAUUGAAUUAGUUCUCAAUAAUGGGAAGAACCUACAUUGUAGAAGAGACUAUUGGCCAGUAUCUCUCAAACCUCAAUCUCCAAGGAAAGUCUUUUGUCUCAGGUCUUCUAAUAGGACAGUGUUCUUCACAAAAGGAUUAUGUGAUUCUUGCCACUAGAACACCACCGAAAGAGGAAAACAAUGAGAACCUCAAACAUCCCAAAGAUAAGGUGGAUAACUUGGAUGAAGAAUGGGCCACAGAACAUGCUAACCAGGUAUCCAGAAUGCUACCUGGGGGACUUUUAGUUCUUGGAGUAUUUAUUAUUACAACAUUAGAAAUGGGAAAUGAUUUUCAAAAUACCCUGCGCAGACUAGUAUUUGCUGUGGAAAAAUCUAUGAAUAAAAAGAGACUGUGGAAUUUCACAGAGGAGGAAGUCUCAGAUCGAGUGACACUUCAUAUUUGCUCUUCUACAAAAAAAAUACUUUGUCGAACUUAUGAUAUCCAUGAUCCAAAGAGUUCAGCAAAACCAGCAGAUUGGAAGUAUCAAAAUGGACUAUCAACUUCAUGGCUUUCUUUAGAGUGUACAGUUCAUAUUAAUAUUCACAUCCCACUGUCUACUACUUCUGUCAGCUAUCCUCUGGAGAAAAAUACAAAGAAUGGACUUGCACGCUGGGCGAAGCAAAUAGAAAAUGGUGUUUAUUUGAUUAAUGGACAAGUUAAAGCUGAAGAUUGUGACCUACUGGAAGGACAGAAAAAACCUAGAGGAAAUGCUCAAGCAAGUAGUUGUUCUUUUGAUGUCAGAGUGUUAACACAGUUGCUUCUGAAUUCAGACCACAGAUCCACAGCCACCGUCCAGAUCUGCAGCGGCUCUGUAAACCUUAAGGGCGCUGUGAAGUGCAGAGCUUACAUUCAUAGCAAUAAACCCAAGGUUAAGGAUGCUGUGCAGGCAGUGAAGAGAGAUAUAUUGAAUACAGUUGCCGAUCGUUGUGAAAUACUAUUUGAGGAUCUGCUUUUGAAUGAAAUUCCAGAAAAAAAAGAUUCUGAAAAAGAGUUUCACAUCCUUCCUCACCGGGUUUUUGUCCCCAUUCCGGGAUCCACGGUAAUGUUAUGUGAUUAUAAAUUUGGUGAUGAGUCAGCUGAAGAAAUCAGAGACCAUUUUAUAGAGAUGUUAGAUCAUAGGAUUCAAAUAGAAGAUUUGGAAAUUGCAGAGGAAAUAAACACAGGAUUCAGAGAUGGAGAAGAAGACAACUAACCAAAGGAAUUCAAGUCCUAAUGUUUCAUUUUAAGCUUCUAAAUAGUCCUACCCACCUGUUAACUUGGCGUGAAAUGGAACACAUUGACAAUUCGCAUGUAUUCAACAUGGCCCUUGUUGUCUCUUUGGUUAACAGUUGCUCAAGAAAGUUGUUUUCUUACAUGAUUUGUCUGAAGUUAAGUUACCUGGCUUUAAAGAAUAGUUACAAUCUACUUUCUUAUUGAACAUAUGUCAUUUGCAUUUAAAUUAAAGUAUUGGUAAAAUAACAUAGUGCCUGAGAUUUGAAUUAAAAGCCUACAGACGCUCACAAAAAGUAAAUUGUUAUGACAGGGCUUUAUUUGUUCUUAAAAAGUGCUCUGUUUCAGUAAACUUACCUUGAAUUUGUAUCAAGUCACAGGAUUUUGACCGAUUUAAAAAUGGAAAUAACAGAGCAAUGGAAUGUCUUUUUUUUUUUUUUAUAGAAGUAUAUUAUUUGUGCAGCAUGAUCUUCACAUGUAACAGUUCAAUAUUAAAUGUAUCAUAUAUCAUGACAAAUAGAACCAUUUUUGUGCUCGUUAUGUACAAGUGCUUACAUUUAAAAAAAAAUUCCUUUAGCAAAUAGGUAUAAUUCAUGCUUUAUCCAAUAUUUUUGUUUGUUACCUGAUACAGAUAUAUGGCCCAAAGAAAAAGUUUUUUUACCAGUGAUAUUUGCUGAUAGAAAAGCCAAAGUUUGUGUGUGCGUGUGUUUUAACAUGAAUAAAAUUAUGUUAUCCA